AUGGGUCAUAUAAGAGUGGCCGUGCGGUGUCGCGGCCGCACAACACGAGAGAAGAAAGAGUGCUCGCCCGUGGUGGUGGAAAUGGCUGAUGGUGAUUACAACAACAACGCGGGAAACACCACCACCAAUGAGGCCUAUGUUACUAUGAAUACCAAUUCAAUAGGACACGGCAAGACUUAUAUAGUGGAUCAGACCUUUGGACCUGAGGCAGAUCAACAAACCAUUUUUGAAAAUGUGGCCGUCCCUAUGUUUGAAGACUUCUAUCGUAGGAACAUCAAUGCUACCAUCUUUGCUUAUGGUCAAACUGGAACUGGGAAGACUUAUACCAUGUGUGGACCAGCAGGAUCUGUACCCGAGCAACAAUCUGAAUCUGGGAUUAUUCCUCGACUUAUCAGACUACUCUUUGAGAAUCUAAAGACAUCUCCACCAAAAGAUCAUUCAGUCACAGUGUCAUACCUUGAGAUUUAUAAUGAAAUGCUUACAGAUCUUCUUCUGGAUGAAAAUGUUCCUUCUACUACUAAUAUGAAAAGAUCUGCAACACAAAUGCCAUUACGAAUAGUCGAGGAUAAACAAUCUCGUUCAAUUAGAGUGGUCAAUUUGACUGAAAAGGUAGUUGUUGAUUCUGAAGGUGCUAUACAAUCAUUGCUACAAGGAUUACGACGUCGGAAAACCGCUUCUACAAAGCUUAAUGACCACUCAUCUCGGUCACACACAAUAUUUACUAUGGUUCUCCAACGUAAGGACCCCAAUAGUGACUAUUUUAUUACCAACAAGUUAAAUUUAGUUGAUUUAGCAGGCUCAGAAAAUAUCAAUAAAUCCGGAGUUGAUUCAGCUCGCGCUAAGGAAGCCGGGAAUAUCAAUCAAAGUCUUUUAGCACUUGGAAGAGUCAUAAACAGUUUAGCAUCUGCAAAUGGUUCUGAUAAUAUUAAUCCUGUACCAAUAAUAUCUGCAUCUGCAUCAUCUCAUAUUCCAUAUAGAGAGUCCAAAUUAACACGAAUACUUCAGGAUUCAUUAGGGGGUCAUACACUGACAGCUUUGAUUGCAACUAUUUCACCUGCAUUGGCUAAUUCAAAUGAGACCUCACUGACAUUAGACUAUGCUAGCAGAGCGAAAAAUAUUCAAAAUUUACCACAAUCAACAUCAGAAUCUGACAUAGUGCUUAAGACUUAUCUUGUGAGGGAACUAUGUGAUACAAUUAGCCGAUUAGAAGCUGAUCUUAGGGCUACUAGAAGAAAAAAUGGGAUAUUCCUAGAUGAGGCCAAUUUUGAGUCCAUGAAGAAGGAAAUACAAGAACUUAAGAUACAAUUGAAAGAAGCAUCCACUGAACGUAGCAGGCUAUUGUUAAAACAUCAGCGUGAGAUGAAUACAUUAACGAAUGAAAGAGAGAAACUCAAUAGUCAAGCUCAAGUACUUCGAUCCGAGCUUGAUAUUUCAUCAAAGGAAAUAGCUCAACUUAAAGCACAAAUAAACCUGAUUAAGCAAGAAAGGAAUGCUGAUAAGAUGUUAAUACAAGAUAUAAAAAAGGAUUUGGAGUUGGCUAGAAGUUCGUAUAAGAAGGAACUCGAAAGUUCAUCACAUUUAGCACAUAAGGCAAUUGAUUCCUUAAUCAAAGCAGUUGUUAGUGAAUCAGAACAAAAAUCCGAUAUGGAAAGAUCAAUGAUUAAUACGUUGACCACAUUCAAGAACGUAUCAUUGAAAGAAAUCGAUAGAGCUCAAGAAAACAAUCAUAAGAUCUUAGAACUGGUAUUGCUACGUAUGAACACACGGUUAAGUGGAGAAGUCGAUAAUGCCACAACUAACAUCAAGAACCAAGGCAGUACGUUUCAUACUUAUAUUCAAAAGCAGUUUCUUCAACAACCUCCAAGCAUGGACAAUAAGGAAAUAAUUGAACGAUUACUAGAGAAUGUUCAAGAGCAGAUCAUUGAGAAUCUCAAUCAAUUUAAAUCUGAAAUUUAUGCCUCGAACGAGAACAUUCAAUCACAAAUGAAGGCAUAUCAUGAACAAGAACGGGAAGAGGUUUCUCAUAGGGUAGAUACAUUUACAAAGAGUUCAACUUCAGAGGUAGUUUCCAUAAAGAAACAAGCUCAAAAGUCGAUCCUCCUACCGCAUGAAGCAUUUAAUGAGUUUGAUGAUUCCAUGAAUUCUUUAAGACAAGAGACAUCAAAGUUGGGUUGGAACUCCAAAGCCAAUGAGGAGAAUUCCACUACAAUAAUCUCAGAUUCACAAAUAGCAUUAAAGGCUCUCAGAAAGCAUAUCAAUAAUGAAGAAGAUGUAAUACAGUCACCUUCAAAGUCCAAGAUUAUAACUUCACCGUUAAAGCUUCCACCUCCAAAAACACCCCAACAACAAUCAUCAUCAUCACCGAAACACAAUUUACUUAAACGCAGCUUGAUACCCCAACUUUCAAAGGGUUCGGGUAAGAAACGCAAGGUGCUACAGGAAGUUGAGAAUUUUUAA